AUGAAAAACCUCAUUCUUCCAUUCUUCUUGAUCUUCUUCCUCUUCACAAUCUCCAUAGAGACCCGAUCCGACCCGAAGACAGACAAACCACACAACAAGAAAGGUGGUCAUGACGAUGGCAGUGGCGGAUUCUUUGGACCCGGAUCAGGACCCGGGUUCAACAUACCCGGGUUUGGAAACAACUGGCCUGGCAACGGUGGUGUAGGUGGCGGGUACGGGUCGGGUUAUGGAGGUCCCAAAGGUGGCCACUCAAAAAGUGGGGUGAUCCGACCCACCGUGGUCUGUAAAGAUAAAGGUCCUUGUUACAAGAAGAAGCUGACGUGUCCGGCCAAAUGCUUCACCUCCUACAGCCGUUCGGGCAAGGGAUACGGCGGAGGUGGCGGCGGAGGUGGGUGCACCAUGGAUUGUAAGAAGUGUGUGGCUUAUUGUUAAUUAACUUAUAUAUAAUUAUAGUUAUAUAUAUAUAUAUAUACACGUGUCAUGCCGGAGUCCGGUGGUGGCUCAUGUGGCGGAGAUGGCGUCGUGCGGUUGAGAUAUAGCCGGUGGGCGGUGGCCGGAAAACUGCUUACUUCAUUGUAGUAAUAUGUAUUGCUUUCAAUUAAAAUGUGUUUUGCAUUU